AUGCCGCUCGAAUCAUGUAUGAUAGUAAUGGAUAACUCCGACUACACCCAAAAUGGAGACUACUCGCCGACGAGGUUUGGAGCACAGUCACAGGCCAUCAUGUCGGUCUUUACCGCCAAGACGGAUGGGAAUCCAGAGUCCUCGGUUGGGCUCUUGACGAUGGCGGGGAAGAGCCCCACCCUCCUCGUCACACCCACCAACGACAUUGGCAAGCUCCUCUCCUCGAUGACCCGCGCCCAAAUCGGGGGUUCCGCCGACCUGACCACCGCCGUCCAGAUCGCCCAGCUCGCCCUGAAGCACCGCGAGAAUAAGAAUGCACGGCAGCGCGUCGUCGUUUUCGCCGGUUCGGACAUACACGAGGCCGAAGAAGACCUGGUCAAGCUCGGUAAAAAGCUUCGGAAGAAUAACGUCCUGAUUGAUGUUUGUCUCUUUGGGGAGGAAGGGAUGGCGUGUGAGGAGAAGGUGGGCAAGUUGAUUGAGGCCGCAGGGGGCGGGGAGUGUCACCUGGUGGUAAUCCCUCCUGGUCCUCAUCUUCUUUCGGACGUCAUCCAGACUUCGCCAAUACUGUACGAUGGCGCGGCGCAGCCUAAUGGGGAUGGUGUGGAAGGCGGGGAGGGUAUGGACGGGAUGGCGAUUGACCCAAAUAUGGAUCCAGAGCUGGCCAUGGCGAUCCGUAUGUCCCUACAAGACGCCGCCGACGCCGCCGCGCGCCAAGCCGCAGCCGCCGCCCCCGCCUCUGCAUCCGCAUCCUCCUCCAGCGUCCCCAUCACCGCGGAUCAACCACCCCACCGCAUUCCUGACAACUGGGUCGCACCGACCGUCGCGCAGCCCGACGUCCCCCUUCACCCACCCACAGCAGGCGCCACUCUCCCGCCUACCAUCACCUCUUCGCUUCGGAACCAGCUUGUGCCAGAGGCGGGCGCAUCAGGCGACGCGGAUGCGGCGAUGGCGGGUGAGGAGGAAGACGAGGAUGAGGAAGAGCAAUUACGAAGGGCGAUGGCGUUGAGUCAAGGAGGGGAUGUGGAGAUGGCUCCUGCAGGCGGGGAGGAAGAGGAGGAAGACGAGGAUGAGGAUGCGGCGAUGGCCAGAGCUAUUGCGAUGAGUAUGGAGGAUCAGGGGGAUGGGAAGGAGGGGGAGAAGAAGUAG